AUGCCGCCGAAGCGGGAGAGGAACCAGCCCGCCGGCGGCGGCGGGUUCGAGUACUGCGAGCUGUGCCGCCGCAACCACGACCAGGGCCGGCGCCACCGCUACUUCCCCGCCCACCGCGCCGCCCUCGCCACCGCGCUCUCCGGCUUCCGCUCCAAGCUCUCCGACCUCCGCCGCGCCCUCCUCCGGCCCUCCGCGCCCCCCGGCCGCUCCCGCCUCUGGUGCCCCUUCUGCUCCGCCGACCUCGUCGACCUCGACAGCCGCUUCGCCUGUAGCAAUGCGAUUUACCAUCUCGCGAGUCAGGAGCACCUGAAGGGCGUUAAGGAUUUCCUGCGGAAGCAUGGGGGCGGCAUGGACCAGGUGGAUUCGUUUAGGAUUUCAGAGGAUGAGCUUUCAAAGUGGGAGAAGGGCUGCGAGUCCUCGAGUACAGAAGCGCAGUCAUUGAGCAGGGGCCUGAUCGGACCAUCUCUGGGGCCGUUCAAAGAUAUCCAAAAUGAAACUACCUCUAAAAUUAUGGAUAGUUUUGCUGAAACUGACAUUCCAUCUUAUAGUAAUACUGCAUCCUGUGUUGUUAUGCCUUUACAAAGUCCUACCAAUGGGGCCUAUCACCCUACUAGUACAGCGUGCUAUGGACCUUCUGCUUCUCAAAGUGUUGCUUAUUCUGCUCCGCUCGGUACUUCCGGACUGCCCAUCGAACCCUGGGUCACAACACAUGAACACCAUGGUGUGACGAGUACAAACAUGUUUCGUGGUGCUGAUGCACAAAUGAAAGUUGCUCAAACUACUUUCACCGGAAAUGGACAAAACCCACUGGCUUCUUCUUUUGCACAUGUCCAACAGAGCCACUCUGGCGGGAAUUUGAAUCAGGGCCUGAAAGCAAAUGUGCAUACUGGUGCUCCUCCUCCUUGGUUAGAAGCUAGUGAGAAUGAUCCAAACAAUGGCUCACUCGGCAGCCAUGCGCUUCCAUCUUCUGGGAAAGGAAAAUCAAGAAAACUUAACCCAAAGCGUGUUGGAGCUGCAUGGGCAGAGAAAAGAAGAGCUGAAAUGGAAAUGGAAAAGCGUGGUGAAGCUAUUCCAGAAACGUCUGAUUCUAGUUGGCUCCCAAACUUUGGUGGUGUCUGGCAAUCUGGUUCGCGAAAGGAAUCGUUGAAAGACUUUGAGAAAAAACAUAAGCUUCCCGAGAAGAACAAUCCUGAGCUAUCUCCUGAGAUAAAACCAUAUAUCAGCAAAAGGAUGCGUGCAGGUCCUAAUAAAGAUGGACAGCCUGACAGUACUGUAGAAUAGUGAGGAGAUGUACAAUUUCUUGCCAGAUGCUUUUAUAAUUGUGGUCACAGUUUACCGUACAACAUCUGCUAGGGUGCUGCAGCAGGCUGCUUUUUUUCUCCGUCCAACACUCUGGAUCGCGGUCGACGGAAAGUCGGCACAUGGUUGAAUAGAGAUCAUCUGUAGCUUCGCAGCAUGUGCGGAUGCCAAUCAGCCCCAGUAAAUAGAAGGUGGAACCCUUUCCAAGAAGAUUUGUCUCGUAAAGUCCUCUUGAGCAUGUUGGUUGGUACUGCCACGUGCAUGCCUUCCGAGUCCUUGAUUGAACAUGAUCAGUUGACACUUGGAGCCUGAGACACUGCUUCGUGGCGCAAUUGAGUGAAUCGAAAGUGUAGUUCCUACAUUUACAAUUGUUUUGUGAUGUUUUUACUUAUCUUGAUGAUAACAUGUAGAGAAGGAACCACGCCAAUUCACAAACGUUGCUGUCCAGGGGCUGCGCCUUGCCAUGUAAUUUUUUGACCGAAUGAUUGAUUUUUUUCCGUGAAGUAACCGGAACGUGAAGCAUCGCUGACAGAUGCU